AUGAAUUUCGUUUUGUCGCGGCGAGUGCUGCGGAUGGGCCGCUGCCAGGUGCUGGAACCAAACAUAUAUAAUGUCCGCCAACUGCUGAAGACCUUCGACACGAUCGUCUACGCCGCGGAUGGGGUGCUGUGGCGCCACGGGCAGGCACUCACGGGCGCUGCCGAUACGUUCAAUGCCCUGCGGGCGAUGGGCAAGAAUUCGUUCAUCUGCACCAACAACUCGGAGGCCUCGUGCCGGGCCCUGAGCCAGAAGGCACACAGCCUGGGCUUCCUGAUAGCCGAGAACGAGAUCCUCUCCUCGGCGCAGGCUCUGGCCCGCUAUAUGCGAGAGCGGAAGUUCAAUCGCAAGGUCUACAUCGUGGGUGGCCAGGGCAUCAAGGACGAGCUGCGGCAGGUCGGGAUCGAGAGUCUGCCGCUGGACUUGGCCUCCACGCAGGAGAACUCCAUGGUGGACCAGGUGCAAAAAAUGUACUUAGAUGCGAAUGUGGGCGCCGUGGCCGUCGACAUGGACUUACCCCUUACACUACAUUCAUUACUUUAG